GCUAGUGACUUUAGUCGUCUGGCAGCGCUGCUGCUAGCCGCCUCUGAUUGGUAGUUUGUCCGCGGCCAUCUGCUCGACGCCAAUAGCCGCUACACUUCAAAACUGUUGUAUUGUAUAAUUAUAGGUUAUUGAACAUAAUUAUAUACUGAUCGCCACCUUUUACAUGUUUCGUGAUAUAACAGUUUACGUCAGUCAUUGAUUAAAAUGUCGUCUUGUGAGGUUAUGAUUACAAACCGGCUAGUUUUCUACAUAGCCUCAUGCAAAAUGAUUGCAUAAUUAUACAGGUUUAGAUUUAAUAUAAUUACAUAUCUGAAAUCUGGUUUUUAUUUAACCAAGUUAACCAUGUUAGGGAAGUACUAUCUCGUACUAAUUUGACAUUGCCAGAUUACAGUGAUGAUUAUCACGCGGAUACCGUGCAAAUAUGUUUUAUGAUAAUUACAAAAUUAUUAAAGAGAAAUUAUGUAUUGUCUAUUUCAUGUGAGCGUACACACGUAUACCUUAUGCUCGAAUAAAGAGAGGUCUGAAUCCACAUAAUAAUAAUGACAUUACACAAAUAUCUUAUUCGUAAUAUCUACGUAAGAAAUUGCACAGUCUACACUCCAGUCUUGUUAAGACAGUACGUCACAAAAGCUACAAAGCAUCCCACAGCGAGAAUAAUCGUUAUCGGAGACGAGAUACUAAAGGCACAAGUGAAGGAUACAAAUUCCUAUUACAUGUGUAAUCUACUCUACAAAUGUGGUAUUAGAGUAAAAAAGAUCUCCAUCAUAAGCGACGAUGUGGAAGAAAUCUCAAAGGAAAUUAAAAAUGCUCGCGAUAAGUACACUUAUGUUAUAACCUGUGGUGGAAUUGGACCAACGCAUGACGAUGUCACGUACGAAGGCCUUGCCAAAGCUUUCGGUGAUACGUUACAUUACCACCCCAAACUGGUAGACAUAAUAAAAAAUAAAUUUAACAUCAUCGAUACUUCAUCUCCCGCUUACAAGAUGGCUCAGAUCCCCCGAAAGGCAUCGUUGAAGUUCGGACUGAACCCAAACACGGGCGAGCCGAGUGCUUAUCCGUAUAUAGCGCUAGAAAAUGUGUACGUUUUUCCUGGCUCACCUGUGUUUUUCGAGAGGAUCUUUCAGAGUUUGUACAAGGACUUACUCUCUACAAACAGACGAUUUGUAAAGGAGGAGUUGUUUAUUAAUACAACGGAAGAGACGUACGCGAACGCUUUAUCAACUGUGGCCAAGGAAUUUCCCAGUGUUUCCUUUGGCUCCUACCCAGUGAGCAAUUGCAGGUACUUUAAAACGUUUAUAACUAUAGAGAGUGACAAUGAGAGCGACACCGGCAAAGCGAAACGAAGGUUUCGCGAAUUAAGCCCGGCAGACAUUUUUGUAAGCUACGACCGGACGCCGCACGUAGACUGUGUCACCAAGUACAACGACUUUCUUCGGAACCGCGCACGUCGAUCGGUCUACGAACGGACGCUCGAGGAGCUCAGGCGACUCUAUCGGAAUCCCGAGUACGUUUCGAUACGUAUUGACGGCGGCGUGGAAUCGAGCAUCGUCGUCCAUCUCGCUCAUAUAUGUAGAGCCCAGUCGCGGUCGGGCGGCAAGCCGCAGGCGAUUUACUUCAAGCAGAAAGAGGCGGCGCUCGAGACGGAGGAGUUCAUCAAGGAGAUGGUUGACAAAUACAAUUUGGCAGUGUCUACGGUAGAUGCGACGUCUGAAGGGAUGACGAAAUUAUCGUCCAGCGUGCAGUCGCACUUACGGACAUUACUAAUCGGGAGGGUCGGAAAAGAAAUCGAUCAUAAUUCAUGCGCCACGAGUAACGUGUCGGGAUUACAGAUCGAUAAUCCGUUGCGUGAUUGGACGGACGAGGACGCAUGGACAUUUGCCUCGUCACUGUGUCUGCCGUAUAGCUCUGAACUGUCUGAAGAAAAAUGACGGGAGAGAAAGUAGGAAUACAUAAAGUCCAGAGUCAGCUCCGGGGAGAAAGGAGUCGAAUAGACAUCCUACCACCGCACCGGUUAUAAGAGCAGCGUUGAAUCCUUGAAGCGACCUAGAUUUUUCCUUCUGGACCAUGGCCAGCAACGAUAAAGCUAUGUUACACGGAGUACGGGGAAAAGGAGAAAAAGAAAACGGCACAAUGGAUCAUUCAAUAUCGUCUCGAGCUAUUAAAUGUUUCUUGAAUAGUGAGCUCCUUUUGAACUCUAAUGAUAUUUACGACAAUAUACCAUAUUAGUGUUAUAAUAAAAGCUUUUAAUUAAUUCACU